GAAAACAGGAACUCACUGUGGUGCUAUACAGCCCCGAUCCAGCUCACCGCUCAGCAGCUCAGUAUCAGAUAAAAGCUGUGAAGGAGGAAACAGGUUUGUUGUGAGCUCUCUGUAGUGGAAAAUUAUCCUCAUCACCUUCUUUUACGUCUGGUUAUACUUUUUCUUGCAUUUGUAAAUAAGCUUUUUGUCACUGGUGUGAUCCAAACAGCUUUUACUGUAAGACUACAAUUUCCUGUUUUGAAAAAUUUAACAGUGGACACAGUGGAGGAAAAAUGAACUCUUCGUACACAAGACUUGAUGAUGGCUCAGACUCAAACAAAGGGGUGAGUUUACAUCAUUUGUUUUCCCGGAUUCUCUCUCUGCUGCAGCUGUCACAUUUUUCACUUUAUCUUCUUUUCCUACUAAACUCUUCCUCAGAGAUCGACCAGCUGUGUGACAUUAGCUGUGGUUUUGGGCUGUCUGACGGUUCUGGGUAUUAUCCUUGCCAUUGCUGUGCUGGAAAGACCAUCGGCCCCUAAAGAUCAUGAGACCCUUCCUGGGGAAGCUGUUGGGAGUGAAUUCUUUUCAGACCAAUGCAGGUAGAUGUACUUCAGGCUGUAAGCUUAUGAGCUGUACAGUAAGAAUAACUGUAUUCAUAAACCUGACUUGAUAUUUUGAAAGAUAACACUAGAUUCAGAUCCAACUAUUCUGUGUACAAAUACAUUAUGAAGUUAGAUGAUUAACUAUUGAAUUUUACAUUUUUAAGAUUGUCUAAAUGACCACUUUAUAGUCUAGAACCAACUUUCCAAAUAAGUUAAAUAGCUAAAAAAAUGUAGAAACAGAUACAGAAACACUGUCACUGUGCCCAGGCUCAUUUAAGUUGGCAUGGAGGUGGAAUGAAAACUGCUUUAUGGUCUGAUGAGUCAAAGUUUGGUUGUUGUGUCCUGUUGGCCUAAGAGGAAGAGGACUAUCCAGCUACCUUAGUGCAUAGCCCCAAAGCCAGCAUCCCUCAUGGUAUAUGAGUGUGUACACGCAACCUGCAUAUCUUUGAGGCACCACUCAUGCUGAACAAUGUUUUACAGGUUGAGUAGCGACAUAUGCUGCCAAGUAGAAAUGCCUUAUCUCAGUUAGACAAUGCUGUUUCAGUGUUUUUCACCAGUUUCCAGGGCAUCUCCUCAGCAGGUCUGUUUGUCUAUCUCACAGGAUGACCCUGGUGGAGAGCAUCCCUCAGGAUAUGAAAUAUAAAGGCAAUGUAACAUUUGGUAUCCCUCUGGUAAAAGCCUGGAAAAAUCUAAUCUCCUUGGCAACACACCAAGUGGAUGUGGUCUCUUUCUACUGGACUCUAACUGGGGAUGACAUCAGUGUCAACUCCUCCUCAGAUAUGUUUGUGAGUUGAAACUAGAACACAAAGAAAUGUGUAAAUCUCUGAUGAACAUGUUGGAAGUGUCCCUAAUACUGUGUUCCGGUCUUCAUCAGGGGAGACAGAUCCUCAAAGACCUUGAAGAGCUGCCCUCCAGAAAUGUUUCUGUGCGACUGCUGUCCAGCGUUCCAAGUGUUAGAACAAACUCUACCGACUUAAAGACACUGAAAGAGAAAGGUUUGAUAGUGGCUGUUCUUCUUUUCUAUGCAUUGUCAUAUGCUCUGACUUGUGAUGCAUUGUUUCCGAUAACUUCCCCUUGCUCAUCUUCACUUUUUUGCUGCACAUAGGAGUCCAGGUGAGGAGGGUGAACUUUGGACGCCUGACCAAGGGUGUCCUGCACAGCAAGUUUUGGAUUGUUGACAGAAAACAUGUGUUUAUUGGAAGUGCAAACAUGGACUGGAGGGCUCUCACACAGGUCAAAACACAAAUCUAUGACAGUAAUGCUCAGUGAAUCAUUAUCACACACUAGAUGACAAAUUCACAGUUCACUCCUGUUUGUAGGUGAAAGAACUGGGUGUAGUCCUCUACAACUGCUCCAGCCUGGGAAAAGACCUGCAUAAGAUUUUCCAGUCCUACUGGGUGAUGGGACAGUCCAACAGCUCAGUGCCACAGCAUUGGCCUGCGCUGUAUGACACUGUUAUCAACAAAGAGCACCCCCUGAUGGUGAAAAGUGAUAAUGUUUCCAGCUUGCUCUACAUCACAGUGAGUCAUAGGUUUCUGUUCCUUUUUACAAAACACUGUUUUUCUGUGUUAUCAUGUUAUUCAGAAGUGACAGUAACAUUGCAUGUUACAGAAUCAACACAGACAGCACGUGAAAGUCAGGUUUCAAGACUGAAGAGUUUCUGUUUUUUUAAUGGGUUUCGAUAUUAGUCCAUAUUUGUGUUUCACUUCAGGGUUCCCCUCCAUCUUUCUGUCCUCCAUCGAGAACUCAGGAUCUAGAGGCUAUUCUCUCCAUCAUCUCAGAAGCCGAGCGCUAUGUUGAUGUAGCCGUUAUGGAGUAUUUCCCCACCACACGCUUUGAAAAGCCUCAGAGGUGAACUUAAGCUACAAAAGAAACACUUGUUUCUGAAUCUUUUGCUUCUUUAUUUUUACUUACUUAGUUUUUAAUUGAACAGAUAUUGGCCCUUGAUUGAUGAUGCUAUCAGGAGAGCUGCAUUUGAGAAGAGGAUUAAGAUUCGGAUGUUGGUCAGCUGUGGGCGAGACUCUGAUCCAGCCAUGCUGCCUUUUCUUCAGUCUCUAGCUUCAAUGGACAGCCCUCACCAUGACAUCAACAUACAGAUAGUAAUUCACUAGAUGGAGCAGAUUAAUCUUCUGGAGUGUUAAAGUGUUUCUUUAACACUCGAUUUGCUUUUCUCUGUCUCCACAUUGUUUUCUCUUAAAGAAAGUCUUCAUUGUGCCAGUGGGAAACCAGUCCGACAUCCCAUUUUCCAGAGUUAACCACAAUAAAUACAUGGUGACUGAUAAAGUGGCUUACAUCGGUGAGUGACAGGAAAUCUUUAGGACUGUUAAAUCAGGUCAUUCUCCUGUUUAGUGGGCAGUUUGGUGCAUCCAAAUCGGUUAAUAAUUAAUCACUCAACCUUGUGUUGCUCUGCAGGUACUUCCAACUGGUCAGGGGAUUAUUUCAUGACCACAGCUGGAGUGGGUCUGGUGAUUUCCCAGCAUGCUCCCCACCCUGUAUGGAAAACUGUCCUGCAGAGCCAGCUCAGGGUGAUCUUUGACAGAGACUGGCACUCUGAGUUUGCGGUGCCCCUUGCUGACUUGAAACACCACCCAGACUGUAAACUAUCGACAUAACAAAAUCCUGUAGAGAAGCUGUUAUGAAGACCCUUUUCAUAGAUAGAUUUCAAAAUUGUUCAUUUUGUGAGAGAAAUCAAGAGAGCAGUUUAACAAUUUGUUCAACUUCAGAAAUGAUCAGUCCAAUCAAUCAUUCACAAAUCACUCUUUGUGCAGAUAAACCGAUAUACGAUGGGUCUCUAGUGCUAGUAUUAGACAUUUACUGUUUUAUAUGAGAGUUCACACCUAAAUCAGCCUCCCACCUCUUCUGCUCAAAGAGAGCCUCUGCAAAUGGACCCUUUUUUCAUAAGAAUUCACAUUUAAUAUUUUCAUUUUCUCUACUCUCUUCUUCUCUCCUCUCCUCUUAAAUGAUUCAAGGUAACGUUUAAACAAUUGCUUUCCUUAUGACUCAGUACACAACUAUUGCCUUCUCACCUCCUCUCCCCAUUCCCUACCCAUUUUCAUCAUCCACCCUUCACUACUUUUCCUCCUCUCUUUUCACCUCACUUCCCUCCUCUCUCUCUCAAAGGCAAAAAUGGAACAGCAAAAGGGAAAACUUGAGAAAAGGUGACUGAACCACAUGAAAUCCUGUAUUUCGGAGUGGACCUUAUAGCUGAGUUACAACAAAAGCAUUAUUUCAUUAUUUGACUGACAAAAGGCAGGGAAAACCACCGGAGUAUUAUUGAUUUACUUCACAAAUUUCCAGUGAAGCUAUCAAAGCUGAUGGUACAAACUUGUGUGUGUAUAUACUAUGUACCUUAAAUGAGAUUGUUGUUGAUUGUUUAGCUUUGUUAAUGCUCAUUAAGCUUUAAAUGAUGUUGAUUAUACAAAGAUGUUUAAACGGAAUCAGCUUGUCUUGACACAGCCUCAUUUGUGAGAAGUCAUGGUGUGAGACAAAGGCAGAGCUCUUUCUUCAGAUCUUUAACCUUUGACGUUGUAUCCUAGCAGCUGAAAACCUGUAAUACAGAGUAUACACUUAGAGACAGUCAAGUAAACCCUUUGAUAUGUGCAGAUGAUCUUGUUAACCUUUAUCCUACUGGUGUCUAGCAGCCACUGACUGUAUGUUCUAUAUACAGUUUUUAUCAGGUAUAAUGCCAUGAAGAGUGCUGUCUUAAAGAUAAAAGGUGAACAUUUCCUGACCUCGCUUUUUCAGGUAAUGAUUCCUGUGUCUGCUUUAUCACAAAGCAAAUAACCAAUGGUGAGGAUUUUUAAAGGGAAUUCCGUAAGAUUUUGCACAAGUACACAUUCUUUCACACAGGUUUAGUGUGUGUCUGGAUGGAAUAAAGAUAUUUCCGUCAAGGCUAAUGGCAUACCUCCAUUUACUUUAUUCGGUGCCACAAGAAGGAAAGCUUGCAUUUCGAUUGAUACCAGCUUUAAAAUGUACUGUCUUCAUGUUUAAUGUGUAAUCCAUUAAAAAGAAGAAAGCUGCACUGUUUAAGUACCAUAAAUGUGAUUGUGAUGCUUUCAACUCUUUAUAAAUACAAACUCACUAUUACCUUCA